GUUUAACCGUAAAGGAACCAAUCAGAAGGGCUCAGACGAAGAAGACAGACUUUAUUCAUCACCCAGACACAAAAGCAUGAACCAUCUUUUUGGUUGGGUCCAAUGUGAGAAAUAUUUCUUAGGUGGCAAAAGGUGACCUUUGUAACACAGUUUAUGUGAAAUAAAAUCAAGAACGACACCUCCGACUUGUUCUGGGGUUCGCUAAAGUCCAUUAAAAAUCUUCUGUCUCUUUCCAUUUGCACCGAUUCCAGCUUUUCUGUUUGUCUUCCGUUAAUUUAAAGCCGUAGCUUCCAGGAAGGCGAGAAACGCAUGUCUGUCUGUCACAUACAUAAAGUGGUCCCCUCCAUCUUGUCUCGUUUUCUAAUGCUUGUCUGGGCAGGGAAGCCCAGUCUGAGGGGACCCCGAGGCCAGAUGAGAGACGUAGUCCCUCCAUCGUGUCCCGGGUCAGCCCCGGGAUCUCCUCCCAGAUACACGUCCCUUCCCAUGGAGACUCCCGGGACUUAAAGUUGUUUUUGUUCCUAAAACAUAUCCUGAAUGUGUGGUUUCCUUUAGUUCGAUCAGGCGCCACACGAAAUGGUUUACUUGGUCAUGACUCGACCUGAGUGUGAUCUGACUCGGGUCAGGUGUCACAUCAGAUCUGCUUUGACUUCCGUUUUCAGUGUGAACAACGUUCAGUUUUUCCUUCUGGACGGAUAAAUGUUUAAUCAGAGUUUUACAUGUUCUUAGCUCUCAUGUCUUCGUCGUUUCCAUCGUUGACCGGAAACUGAGCGCCUCUAACCGGAAGAGUCAUGUGUGUAGCGCUGAGUCAGCGGAAUCAAACCGGAAGCAUAACAAACAGUGAGCAGGCGCAGCAGCAGCCUGAGUUCGCCCUGCGGAAGGACAAACGAACUUUAUUUCACUCUGACAAAAGUUUAAUUAUUGUUUUCUGUUGUUUUUUUCACGGGUAAGUGAAUUCAGACAGCGACGUCAACGGACAGGUGAAAAGCAGCACGAGACACAGCGGAGCACGAGACCUGCUUCUGCUUUCCAGCGCGGAAGUUCAGGAAGUUAAUGAAGUGAUGAAGAGGAACCGGGCGCUGACCGUGCUGGUAGGUGGGGUCUUCUGUGUGGCUGUGAUGUCACUGUACCGCAUGUUGGAGCUGAUGCAGGGGGCGGAGCUUCAGCAGCACGGGGAGGCACCUGGUGGACAGCUGGACGAGAAUCUUUGUCUGCAGGAUUUGUCCCGCCUCCAGCAGAAGAUUGACAGGCUGGAGCGUCUCCUUAGCGACAAUAACCGUAUGGUUGCUACGCUGCGUGACACUCUGCUCCACCACCGAGGAGCCAACGUCAGCUCAGACUCCGCCCACAGUCCAGCUGACACGCUGCCCGGCUGCCAAUUGGCUGCAGAGGUCAAGGAUGGAACCGACGAAGUACAGCUACUGGAUGUUUACAACAUCCUCCUGUUUGAUAAUCCUGAUGGCGGCGCCUGGAAACAAGGUUUUGAGAUUCGUUACCAUGGCAACGAGUGGGACGAGCAGCCACUGGAACUUUUUCUGGUUCCUCAUUCACACAACGAUCCUGGCUGGUUGAAGACGUUCGACAGUUAUUACGAGGACCAGACGAAACACAUCCUGGACAACAUGCUGAUCAAACUGACUGAAGACAGCAGGAGGAAGAUGAUUUGGGCAGAAAUAAGUUAUUUCUCUAAAUGGUGGAACGCAAUCGACGAACAAAAGAAGGAGAUGGUCAAACGUCUGCUGGGGGCGGGGCAGUUGGAGCUGGUGACGGGCGGCUGGGUGAUGGCAGAUGAAGCCAACUCUCAUUACUUCGCUCUGUUGGAUCAGCUCAUCGAGGGACACCAGUGGAUGCAGCGACACUUGGGUGUGAAGCCCCGCAGCGGUUGGGCCGUGGAUCCGUUCGGCCACUCCCCCUCUAUGACCUACCUGCUGAAGGGGGCGGGGCUUCAGGACAUGGUCAUCCAGCGCGUUCACUACGCCGUCAAGAAGCACUUUGCCCAGCAACAGACACUCGAGUUUCUAUGGCGACAGAGCUGGGACUCCUCCUCCCGCAGUGACAUCAUGUGUCACAUGAUGCCGUUCUACAGCUAUGACGUACCGCACACGUGCGGUCCGAACCCGGCGAUCUGCUGUCAGUUUGAUUUCCACCGCCUGCCAGGGAGGCGGGUCUUCUGUCCAUGGAGGAUACCGCCGCAGCCAAUCACAGAGCAGAAUGUCCGGGAGCGAGCUCUCGUCCUAUUGGAUCAGUACCGCCAGAAGUCUCGUCUCUUUCGCUCUCCGGUUCUUCUCGUUCCGCUUGGUGAUGACUUUCGCUUCACGGAGUCCAGCGAGUGGGACGUUCAGUUCAGUAACUACCAGAAACUCUUCGACUACUUCAACCAGCACCCGGAGCUCCACAUCAAGGCUCGUUUCGGGACGCUCUCAGAUUACUUUGAAGCUCUGCGUCGCCGCCUGAGCGCGGCGGGAGCGACUCUGCCGACACUUCGAGGUGACUUCUUCACGUACGCCGACCGCGACGACCACUACUGGAGCGGAUAUUUCACCUCCAGGCCGUUUUAUAAGCGUCUUGACCGAACGCUAGAGGCCACGCUCAGAGCAACAGAAAUUAUCUUCAGCCUGACGUUGGCUGAAAUGCGUCGUUCCCAUGGCGACGGUCGCCUGGUUGCAGAUUUCCCAGCACGUGAACACUUCCAGCGCCUGAUGGCGGGGAGGCGGAGUCUGGCACUGUUCCAGCACCACGAUGCUGUCACUGGGACUGCACGCGACCCUGUUGUGGUGGACUACGGGACCAGAUUGUUUCACUCGAUCCUGAACCUGCGGCAGGUGAUGCAGAGCUCCGCCCACUGGCUGCUCCUGCUGGACAAGAGCCAGUACCACUACGACCAAUCAAACCCCUUCCUGCAAAUGGACGAUGUGAUCCCAGCGCAGGAUGCUCUUCCUCAGAAGACGUCGCUGGUCUUGAGUGAUGAGCCCAGGUCAUUAAUCAUGUUCAAUCCGACAGAGCAGCUCCGUACGUCCGUCGUCAGCGUCGUCGUCGACUCUCCCGAUGCUCGUGUUGUCGAUGCAGAAUCAGGUCGACCAGUGGCUGCACAGAUCUCGGCGGUGUGGGCGGAGCCAAGCCGGGCAUCCACAGAAGCGUUCCAGCUCGACUUUGUGGCUGAACUUCCUCCUCUGUCACUCGUCGUUUAUCAUGUGACCAAAGCCCCUGUUGGCUCCACCCACCGGGUUAGCUACACCUUCUACAGCCGUGGCAACCUGCCCAACGUCCAGAGCGAACACUUCCAGGUGUCCCGCCCACAGGGGCCUGAGGCCAGCGCCCCCCUGUUGCUUAGCAACAAACACAUCCAAACAUGGAGCUCGCCGCAGACUGGCCUGCUGCAGAAGCUGCGUCUGCAGUCCGGUCUGGUCCGUCAGGUCCAGGUCCAGUUUCUGUGGUAUGGAACGAGAACCUCGGCAAACCGGGACAAGAGUGGCGCCUACCUGUUCCUGCCAGGGGAGGAGGGGGCCCAGCUCUACUCGUCCUCAGAACCCCCUGUGGUUCGGGUGUCCAGAGGUCCGGUCUACUCUGACAUCACUUCCUGUUUCCAACACUUCACACACAGAGUCCGACUGUAUCACCUGGACGGGCAUGCUGGGAGAUCGCUGGAGAUUUCCAACAUGGUGGACAUCAGGUCAGAGGUCAACCGUGAGCUCGUCAUGCGGCUUGUCAGCGAUGUUGCCAGCGACAACCGUUUCUACUCUGACCUCAACGGUUUCCAGAUGCAGCAGCGCCGGACUCUGUCGAAGCUCCCCCUGCAGGCGAACUUUUACCCGAUGAGCUCGGCGUCGUUCCUGCAGGACUCUACGUCUCGUGUGUCUCUGCUGUCGGCUCAGAGUCAGGCCGUGGCCUCACUGAGACCAGGUGAGCUGGAAGUGGUGCUGGACCGGCGGCUGCAGCAAGAUGACAACCGUGGCCUCGGUCAGGGCGUUACUGACAACAAGCUGACAGCGAGUCUCUACCACCUGCUUCUGGAGGACAGGAGGGGCGUGGCUAAGGAAGUGGGAGGAGCCUCAGUUGAGCACCUGUCACUGCUCGCCCACCUGACCUCGCUCUCCCUCUGCCACCCGCCAGUCAUCAUGGUCGCCCCUGGAAACACUCAGCUCCCGAAGCUCCGCCCCUACCUGCCGCUGCGCUCAUCGCUGCCGUGCGACAUUCACCUGCUGAACCUGAGGACACUGGAGGACACGCAGGAAGCAGAAAGUCCAUCACAGGAAGUGGCUCUCCUCCUCCACAGGAAGGGCUUUGAUUGUAGCUCCGCCCCCGAGCUGCCGCUGCAGUGCACGUGGAGUGUGCACGAGGAGGUCCACUUGGACGAUCUUUUCUCUCCUCUUCAGUUUCGUUCUGUCCGUCGGUCGGGUCUCACUCUGCUGCGAGAAGACGAUGAGCCGGAAUCUGCCCGGCAACAGCAGCCUCCACACGUCACCCCCCUGCGGCCAAUGGAAAUCAGCGCCUUCCGGGUGGAGCUCGACUGACGAACCGAAUGUUCGAAUUCGACCACUGCAAAGUCAAUUCGAGGAAAACUGACACAAUAAAAAUUAAAAUAGAAAAUAAUCUUCUGUUACAAAAUAAAAGUCGUCAAUGAAGCUGUCGGCAGGGUCAAAGGUCAACACAUGAUGCUGACGAUUUUCAUUUUGGAAUUAGGGAAAACAAACAGAUGAGUUUACUGGGUUUACAAGACAAAAAGGGACCAAAGGAGAGAGAGGGAGAGAGAGUGUGUGUGUGUGUGUGUGUGUGUGUGUCCUCUAACUGCUGAUUCUUCCUGUGUUACCAGAAUGUAGACCAAACUGUCUGGUCAAUAUCUAAUCGAUUUGACUUUAUUGAUCGGUUGGACGUCUUCAUUCAGUGAGUUUGCAUUGAACUGCACAAACUGUUUUGUAAUUUUCUGUGUUUGCUGUGAAACUUUGGGAAGCUGAAAUCUUCUGGGUAUUUUUGUAAUGUAGAAAUUCUCUGUAUUUUUGUAAACUGAAAUUUGUGACGUAUUUAAAAGUUAAAAUGAUAAAAAUGAAUUUUUACUUCCAUGAAUUUGUUAAAACUACAAAAAUGUUUUGCUUUUUGGGUUUAUUUUGGGGAUGUUUGUGGUUUUAACAGAAAAAUAAAUUAUUCUUUAAUUU